AUGGACGCCAUAGCUUCGGAGAGUUUCCUUGGUGGAAUGAAAGCAGACUUUCAUGAGCAUCUUGUCUACCCAACAAAUAUCUCGUCUCUAUGUGAUGCAUGUUACAACUCUGAAGUAAGAGUUGAGGGUGAAGGUGGCUACAUAUGCAAUCCUUGUGAUCUCUAUGUCCACAAGGCUUGCAUCGAGAUCAACAACCCUUAUCGUCACAAACACCCUCUCAAACUUCUCCAGCACAACUAUGUACAUGAGCAUGGAAAAAAAUGUCUCUUGUGUAAAGAACUCCUUCGCAGUAAAGAGUAUCCUCUGGUGAAGUUGUUUUAUCAUUGCUUCAUAUGUGACAUCUCUGUAUGCAAUCUUUGUCCUAGUAAACCGUUGGUUAUUGAUGACAUUCCAAAGAAGAUUCACGAGCAUCCGCUUACGCAAAUGAUGAUUAAGGUAUCUUUCACUUGUGAGGCUUGUGGCGUUUGUCGUGAUGGGUUUCCUUGUGUGUGUCUACAGUGUAGUUUCAUCAUCCAUAGAUAUUGCACCCAGUUGCCACGUGUUAUACGUAUCAACCGUCAUGAACAUCGUGUCUCUCAUACUUAUUCUCUUGGUCCUGGAGAUUGGGUAUGCGGGGUUUGUCACAAAUGCAUUAAUAGACUUUAUGGGGCUUACUCCUGCUCCAUUUGUCGCUAUGCCGUUCAUUCAAAAUGCGUGAAACGAGACAAUGUGUGGGAUGGGUUCGAAUUAGAAGAUGAACCUGAAGAUGAUUAUGAAGAUCUUGAUCCAUUCAAGGUGGUUGGUGAAGGGGUGAUCAUCCAUUUCAGCCACAAGCAUCAUCUUAGACUUACUGACAACAAUCAUGAAAGUGUUAAUGAUGGAAACAGACACUGCUACGCAUGCACAUUCCCCAUCUAUUAUGAUCCUUGCUACACGUGUGAAAAAUGUCAUUUCGUUCUACAUGAAACGUGUGCUAAUUUACCCAAGAGAAAACAACAUGAGGUCCACAAUCGCGAACUCAUUUUGAACGGCAAUCCUAACGGACUUUGGUUCCAUUGUGAAGCAUGUAGGCGAAUAUGCACUGGUUUCAGUUAUAGGAGAGAAGGAGCGGGAAUAGAUGUUUGUUGCGCCAUGGUUUCUAAGACAUUCAAUCACGAAAGUCAUCAACAUCCAUUGUUCUUCCUUUCAAAUAUUUUUUUCAAUAGUUGUGGAGCUUGUGACGAAAUACUGCUGCCUUAUCUGAUGAGAUGCAUUGAAUGUGAUUAUGAAUUGUGCUUUAAAUGCGCUACUCUGCCAAAGAAGGUUAUAAGACACAAGCAUGAUCGACAUCCUCUUUCUUUGUGUUAUGGCAAAAAUGCUAGUGGGUUGUAUUGGUGUGAGAUUUGUGAGGCAACCAUAAAUCCGAAAGGGUGGUUCUAUGUGUGCAAUGAUUGUGCCUCAACUCUUCAUGUUUGGUGUAUACUUGGAAACUUCAUACAAGUUAGACCCGGGCACAUUUUCAUCACAAAAACCGGCGAGCAUUUUGAAGUGGUUGACAACAUUCAUCACAGUCGACCCUUUUGUAGCGUGGACGAAUGCAGACGGCGUUGCAUAUAUGAAUAUGUUUUAGAAAGUAAGGACAACAAAAAUACAUAUGCUUGCGAUCCAAGAUGUUUGAUGUUCAACAAGCGGUAA